AUGACCCCCCUUCUAGCAAUUUCUCUUGUUCUUUUUCUUGUUGCAGCUCCAGUUCAUGGAUCAGAUCAUCCAAGGAAGCUCCAAGAAAGCUCAGUGCCUGUCGAUCCCAACGGCGCAGUCAAGUGCGGUAGUUGUCCGUCUUGCAACGCGCCGUGUACUCAGAGUCCUCCCUCGUUGCCACCACCGUCACCACCACCACUUCCAAAGGCGAAAAAGCCUUCGAAAUCGAAUCCGAAUUGCCCUCCUCCACCAUCAUCAUAUAUCUACAUGACAGGACCUCCUGGAAAUUUAUAUCCAGUUGAUCCCAAUUAUUCGGGGGCCUCGCGGAAUUUGCUCCCAGGGCGAUCACUUUUAGCUGGCUGUGGAUUCUUGAGCUUCUUGGCUCUGAAAAUUAUGGCUUUGUAA